GAUUACUUCCACAUCCAUGUCACAGUAGCAAAGAGAGCCUCAAAACAACAGCAAAAAAACUCAACUUUUGGAUUAGAUUACUAGUACUAAUUACAUAACCAAAACACAGAUCCAACAAAUCAAGAUCCAGUGGGUGUGUAUCAAUGGCUCCUCCAGCUCAAACUCAUCGAUCAUCUUCACCUUCUCAGCCUUCUGGAAAAGGGGAAGUUUCAGAUUUGAAGAUGCAGCUUAGGCAGCUGGCAGGUAGUCGAGCUCCGGGGACUGAUGAUGCAAAGAGGGAGCUGUUUAAGAAGGUGAUCUCGUGUAUGACAAUUGGGAUCGACGUUUCUUCAGUUUUCAGCGAAAUGGUUAUGUGCUCAGCGACCUCAGACAUUGUGCUAAAAAAGAUGUGCUACCUUUAUGUUGGUAACUAUGCUAAAAACAACCCGGAUCUCGCGCUUUUGACCAUUAACUUUCUUCAGAGGGACUGCAAAGAUGAGGAUCCCAUGAUUCGUGGUUUGGCUCUAAGGAGCUUGUGUUCUCUACGUGUGACAAAUUUGGUCGAGUACUUGGUCGGCCCCUUGGGUUCAGGGUUGAAGGAUUCAAAUAGUUAUGUUAGGACAGUUGCAGCGAUGGGUGUUUUGAAGUUGUACCAUAUCUCAGCAUCAACUUGCUUGGAUACGGAUUUUCCUGCCACGCUUAAGCAUAUGAUGCUGAAUGAUCGAGAUGCGCAGGUUGUAGCCAACUGUUUGUGCGCCCUACAGGAAAUCUGGGGUUUGGAAGCAACCAAAUCUGAGGAAGCAUCAACAGAAAGAGAAACCCUGCUAAGCAAGCCACUUAUUUAUUACCUUUUGAAUAGGUUCAAGGAAUUCAGCGAAUGGGCUCAAUGUGCUGUUCUUGAGCUGGUUUCUAAGUAUGUGCCUUCUGAUAGUAAUGAGAUAUUUGACAUGAUGAAUCUUCUUGAAGAUAGGCUUCAACAUGCUAAUAGUGCUGUUGUCUUGGCAACAAUCAAGUUAUUUCUACAACUGACACUCUCCAUGGCUGACAUUCAUCAACAGGUAUAUGAGCGUUUAAAAGCACCUCUACUUACUUUAGUUAGCUCCGGAGGUCCAGAGCAAUCCUAUGCCGUGUUAAGCCAUCUACAUUUGCUGGUGAUGCGUGCACCAUAUAUUUUUUCAGCAGACUACAAGCACUUCUACUGCCAAUACAAUGAGCCAUUUUAUGUCAAAAAGCUAAAGCUUGAGAUGCUGACUGCCGUGGCAAAUGAGAGCAAUACAUAUGAAAUUGUGACGGAGCUAUGCGAAUAUGCUGCAAAUGUUGACAUUCCAAUGGCGAGAGAAUCAAUCAGGGCUGUUGGCAAAAUAGCAUUACAACAAUAUGAUGUUAAUGCAAUUGUAGAUAGGCUUCUCCAGUUUUUGGAAAUGGAGAAGGACCAUGUGACUGCGGAAACUCUGGUACUUGUGAAAGAUCUCCUUAGGAAAUAUCCUCAGUGGAGCCAUGAUUGUAUAGCAGUUGUAGGGAAUAUUAGUAGCAAACAUGUCCAGGAACCCAAAGCCAAGUCAGCUCUUAUUUGGAUGUUAGGGGAAUAUGCUCAAGACAUGCAAGAUGCUCCUUACGUUUUGGAGAGUCUUAUUGAGAAUUGGGAAGAGGAGCACUCUGCAGAGGUUCGUCUGCAUCUUCUUACAGCAGUAGUUAAGUGCUUUUUUAGAAGACCUCCAGAGACUCAGAAAGCCUUGGGAGCUGCAUUGGCUGCUGGUAUUAAUGACUUUCAUCAGGAUGUCCAUGAUAGGGCAUUAUUAUACUAUAGACUUCUGCAGUACAAUGUCUCCAUAGCAGAGCGUGUGGUGAAUCCUCCAAAGCAAGCUGUUUCUGUCUUUGCUGAUACACAAAGUAAUGAAAUUAAAGAUCGUAUCUUCGAUGAGUUUAACAGCCUCUCUGUUGUUUAUCAAAAGCCUUCUUACAUGUUCACGGAUAAGGAACAUAGAGGGCCAUUUGCGUUCUCUGAGGAAAUCGGAAAUUUAUCUAUUGGGACAGAAUCAACUGAUAAUGUAGUCCCAGCGCAGAGAAUCGAGGCAAAUGACAAGGAUUUACUUUUGAGUACGUCCGAUAAAGAAGAAAGUAAAGGUUCUAGCCACAAUGGUUCUGCAUACAGUGCUCCUGGAUAUGAUGGUUCUCAAACUGAUCUUGUUUCCUUGGAUUACAAACCUACUCCAAAUGUGCCAUCAGCUUCCUUGGCAAUUGAUGAUCUACUUGGUCUUGGUUUGCCUGCUGCAGCUAGCCCCCCUCCUCCGCCUCCUGUUUUGAAGCUCAAUACUAAAGCUGCUCUAGAACCAAACGCUUUCCAGCAGAAAUGGCGUCAACUUUCAAUAUCAAUAUCACAGGAAACAUCCAUUAAUCCACAAGGAGUGGCUGCAAUGACAACUACUCAAGUGCUUAUCCGUCACAUGCAAGGCCAUUCAAUCCACUGCAUAGCUUCUGGUGGUCAAGCCCCGAACUUCAAGUUCUUCUUCUAUGCACAAAAAGCAGAGGAACCGUCUACCUAUCUGGUAGAGUGUAUAGUUAAUUCAUCGUCGUGUAAAGUACAGUUAAAAAUCAAAGCUGAUGAUCAGAGUACAUCUCAGGCCUUCUCUGAGUUGUUCCAGUCAGCCUUGUCCAAAUUUGGGUUUUCAUAGUCAUUCGGAUGAGACCCUCUUGUUGUAACGCUCCUUAGAAUUAUUAGUGGAUUCAACAUUCCUUUUGUAAUUUUAUUUUUGUAGCAAGUUAAAUAAGAGUCACAAUGUGGUGUACAACAUGAGUCAAGAUGAGUGUUUCAUGCUCCUACCCUGUAAUUCUGCGGCAAAAAAUUACUUUUGUACCUUGUGAUUGAAUUGAAAAAUCCCACGGGGGCAUCGUGUGUACCUUUGUGGCCAAUUUCAAGUGAUCUUUUCCAA